AUGGCAUUUGACAGUGACAUCGAGGAAGGCGAAAUCAUCGGUGACGAAGAUGACUGGGCUUCCAGGAGCCGAGCUGUAGAGCGCCGAGCAGUGGCUAAGCGGUCAAGCGCCCAUUUGGAGCAGUACGCGUCGCAGUACGGAAGAAGUGAUCUGAGUGGCAAGUUCAAGGAUCACCGUAGCGGUGGCGCUCGAGGCGAUUGUGUCGGAGGAUGUGGACAUGGAUCGGAAGGAUUCUCAGUGAUAUCCCGAAAUUCGAACGGUAUCCGAGAUGAACCGUGUCCUGGCGACUGUUCGGGCGAAGAUUCCUGCGGCUGCCCAGAAUUUCCGGACGUAACGUACAUCAAUGGUGGCCUGACGGCGUAUCGUAUUAGUGGUGAUUUCGCGCGAAAUCGUGAGGGCGCCAUUACGGAGAUGAUGGAAACUAGUGUAGCACUGUCAUCUGCGCAAAUAGAAAGCACAACCGGUGGUGUGCAGCUGGAAAACGUGGUGGAAGCGAAUCCUGCUCCGGAUAAUGAAUUGAUUCUCACUGACAGUAAUACAGAAGCAAUCGAUAACUGGAUUUUUGAAUCUUUAGGCGAAGAGGUGGAACCGAAAAUAUCAUGCGAAAAUUUGGAUAAUAAAAACCCUAAGACUGAAUCGGUUUCUCCUGUAGCAGUUGAUAACGUGGAAGCGGUGCCGCAUUGUGUAGAAGAAAAUAACGUACUUGUUGGUAAUAUGUAUAAUUUGCUGGUAACGGCACGCGAACAAAUCAACAGCCUUAUGGAGAAAACCAAAAUACUUGAAGCGAAGUAA